AUGGCCGCUCCAGUAUCUGCAGCUAUCGCACGCACUGUCGCACGCCCGGUAUGGACAUCAGCCACCAUCAGACGAUCAGUCCUAGCAGCCACCACCUCAACCCCAACCCCAACCCGCCAACACCAUGACCAUCACCACCACCACCACCGCCCCUCAGCAAUCUCCUCCCGCGCCCGCGCACAAUGGGCACAACGCCGCGCCCCCCUCACACCACCCCACUCCACCCGCAUCUUCACCACCACGAGCCCCCGCCCCCGCGACCACCACUUCGACACGCUCAAAUUCGUCCAACGCCUCCGCACCGAAGGCUUCACCGAACCCCAAGCCGUCGCCAUGAUGAGAGUCCUAUCCGACGUAAUCGAAGAAAGCAUCCAAAACCUAACCCGCACAAUGGUCCUCCGCGAAGACCAGGAAAAAGCAACCUACACGCAAAAAGUCGACUUCGCCAAACUCCGCUCCGAGUUGCUAAGCGGUGACAGCAGCGAGAGUACUUUGACACGCGCCAGUCACGAACGCCUAACGAACGAUCUGGCUAAACUGAAUAAUCGGCUCCGGGACGAGACACAAAGGACGCAGGCGAGUGUUAGGUUGGAUUUGAAUUUGGAGAAAGGGAGGAUAAGGGAGGAGGCGAAUAGUCAGGAGUUGAAGAUCCGGGAGACGGAGACGCGGAUUGAGCAGGAGAGUGCGGCGUUGAGGGAGAGGUUGGAGGCGGUCAAGUUUUCCACGUUGCAGUGGUUGAUGGGGGUUUGUACGGGGACGGCGGCGAUUAUUUUGGGUGUGUGGAGGUUGUUGAUGUGA